UCACCAGUGCAGGGAGUGAGGGUGAGAGAAGGUGCGUCAUCUUCCGACUGCACAAACAGCCACUCUCCCCGCCACCACAGCCGUGAAUCACUUGGCGGCAGAGAGAAAACACAAGGUAUUUGAGUCCGCCUUGUUGCCGCCGGGGAGCCUUGUGGGGCCUCAGCAUCUAUAGGCAAGUGCACUGAGCAGGUGUUAGGGUGUGGUUAUUGCAGCAUUUGCUCAUUGGUGGAACGAUUCUCAGCAGCCAAUCACCGACGGAACUUGCUCGCACACCCCCGACACACCUCCACAGUAGGGAACCCAAGAACUAAUGUUUGGUUUGCGUAAGGAUGAAACUUGCGUGAAGUACGAUUCACCAACUGACCUUGUGACAACGGUUUCCACAACCCAACCCACGGUGGACAGGUCGUGGUGGGUGACUGCGACGUAUCUCCUCCCUGCUGAUAUCCACUGGGAGGCAAAUAUGUUGAUAUUACAUCGAUCUGCUGACGAAGACUCGGCCUGGCAACAGCGGCAUGCGGCUUCUUGGCCUCUCGGCUGCCUCGACUAGCUUUCGCUGCGCUACGAUCUGGUGGCGCCGCGCACCCUCACUCGGCCACCAACAUUCGCUGUGUCCACACGUUUCACUCCACCUCGAGCGAGCAAGAUGACCACCUACUUCAGCUAUCCCAGCGAAUCCAUGCAGCAGGAGCUUCGCAGGAUCGCUAAUGCCAUCGUGAUGCCUGGCAAGGGCAUCCUGGCAGCUGAUGAAUCCACCGGCACCAUGGGCAAGCGCCUCACUGCCAUCAAUCUUGAGAACACAGAGGAGAACAGAAGAAAGUACCGCCAGCUGCUCUUCACCUCAGACAAGGAACUCGGUAACUACAUUUCCGGAGUCAUCCUCUUCCACGAGACGCUGUACCAAAAGACUGACGACGGGCGCCCCUUCGUGGACCUCAUCAAGCAGAUGGGCAUCAUCCCCGGCAUCAAGGUGGACAAGGGUGUGGUGCCGCUGAUGGGGUCUGAGGGCGAGAGCACCACCCAGGGCCUGGACGACCUGUCCCAGCGCUGCGCCCAGUACAAGAAGGACGGUUGUGAUUUCGCCAAGUGGCGCUGUGUCCUCAAGAUUGGCAAGAACACUCCCAGCUACCAGGGCAUGUUGGAGAACGCCAAUGUCUUGGCCCGCUAUGCCUCCAUCUGCCAGAUGAACGGCCUCGUCCCCAUUGUGGAGCCUGAGGUGUUGAUGGACGGCAGCCACGACCUGGACCGGGCACAGAAGGUUACUGAGACCGUGCUGGCCUUCGUGUACAAGGCACUCAACGACCACCACGUCUUCCUGGAGGGCACUCUGCUCAAACCCAACAUGGUGCUUGCCGGCCAGGAAUGCCCCACCAAGUACACUCCUCAACAGGCAGCUGAGGCGACUGUCUUGGCUCUGUCACGCACCGUGCCCGCCGCAGUGCCCGGCAUCUGCUUCCUUUCCGGAGGUCAAUCUGAGGAAGAGGCCACUGUGCACCUGGAUGCAAUCAACAAGACCACAGUGGGCAGGAAGCCUUGGUCGCUUACCUUCAGUUAUGGACGUGCCCUCCAGGCUUCUGCCAUCAAGGCGUGGAAAGGCACGGACGUGAAGGCUGGCCAGGCAGAGCUUAUGAAAAGGGCCCGAGCUAACGGCAUGGCUGCUCUAGGAAAGUACGCUGCGGGAUCUUGCUCUGGCGCAGCUGGAGAAGCGGGACUCUUCGUCAAGAACCACCAGUACUAAAACCAAAGAUACUAACAUCCAAGCGUCAGCGACCUGACAACUACAUGCGUGCUGAUCCUACUCUCGCCUGAAGGAAAGCGUGAGGAACACCGCCGAGGUGGCCGAGUCGAGAAAACAGAACAAAUAAAAAAGGAGGAUUUUCAUAAUGUCAAUUAAUAAAGAUUACAUUUUUCAUAUGGAUAGAUUAUCCAUAUUGCAAAGAGCAAUAAAAUAAGUGACGAAUUUCAAAACCUUUAAAAAAUAAUAAAUAAAUAAAUAGUUUGCAGACUGGAGUAGGUGGAAAAGAUAUUUUGGAUAAAAAAUAAAUAAAAAUAAAGUUGAGGGGGAUAAA